UCGUCAGUUUUAGUUGGCACUUCGUCUUAGCCGCAGGCUCACGGGUUCCCAGAACUGUCCAUAAAAGUCGUUCCUCCGCCUUGUGGCGCGCGUGAAAGUGAUCAACAGUCACCAUUCUGAAGUUAAAAAUCUCUAGCUUUUGAAUUGUUUCAAAAUCUGUGAUGAUUAGUUAAUAGUUUAAGAUGGUAUUUUUUUACAAAAAGGGGUUGUGGUUUAGCCUAGUGUAGAGGCAGAGGAAAUUUAAUAUCAAUAGAAGUGAGCCAAACUGCACUAGAAGAUCUUAUUGAUAAGUGAAUUGUAAGUUAACAGCGAAAAGCCGUUAUUACAAAUACGUGUGAUUCCUGAAUCGAAUAAUACGGCGCAGCAAACAAAAAGAGAAUUGAGAAAUGCGUGUAACCUUGAUGGUUCCCGUCGAUGGAUAAGUCCAACCGAAUACCUAACCCGUCGUCAGCACAACCCGUUACAUAAACCGAGUGUAAUCAUCAUCAGCACCAGAAACAGCGAAUGUUAGUCUUGUUUGUUGGCUUUCUCUGCGGUUCUUGUUCUUUUUGUUUUUGUUUUCUGCUGUUGAAUGCCUACCGCGUUUGUUAGCCAACGAUUCUUCGAAAUAAGCAGCGGAUUAAAAGACCACAAUAAAAACAAACUACGAGUGUGUAAAACAACAUACUCUUUCGUUUGCCGAAUUGAGCUCGAAAUCUAAAGCAACCCAACCGGUAGGAAAAUGUGCCAACGUAAUUGUUUCGACGGUUCAUUACAAACAUUUACAGCGAUAAUGGUUUCGUAAUGUGUUGCCUCGUGAGCGCGAAUCCUCUGCUUGACUGCAAUGCGCGUUUUCUAGUCAUAAGCAAUCCCGUUUUUGCAGUCAAUAUAAAAACAAACCAAAAAUGAGAGUCGGAGAAGACGACCUACCGAGCUUGGAGUACAUAGAGGAUCCAUACAUUCCGAAGUUGGACAAUUGUAUCACUCCGUCCCUCGACGACAUCAGUGAGUACAAUCCGGAUGAGUUGGGCGAUGAGCAGAACUGGCCCGCAGAAACCGAGCUCUACCUUCGAUCGCUGACGUUGGAUCAAAUUCUUGGUGUGUCAUCCGAUGAAGAUGUCGAUCCGGAACUGGAGAUGCAAACGGUGGAAACGGAAUUUCAUCCCCCACUCACUCACAUGGAAGGCCACUUUCCGAAUUCGUCGACAGGAGCGCAGGCCGCCAGCAUUGGAAUAAUGGAACGAAUGUUGGCCCAUAAACUACUCAAUGGACGGUCGGGGCGAUUCAACCUGUUCAGUAAGAAGCGAAUUCGAGAUGUACGGGUCACCUUCAUAGACUUCUCGAAACCUUAUCUUGCCAGAAUAUCUAGUGGGGAGAACUACAAAAGUUUUCUAAACAUUGGAAGUGCCGUAGACAAUUCCGGUAAAUUUUCCGAUGGAUCACCAAUAGGAUCGGUGAGCUCGGCUGAAAUCGCUCAAGAAUUUUCCGGUUUAACCUUGGAAGAGCAGGAGGCACAGCGAGCAGAAUGGAGUCAGGAACUGGCUCGAGUAGAGGAAGAAAUUACUACGCUCCGUACCGUGUUGCAAUCCAAGAUGCGGCAUGCAAGCGAACUGAAGCGCAAGUUGGGCAUUACUGUGUGGAAAGAAAUCACUGACGAUGUGAGCCAAGGGAUCAAAAAUGUCAAGGAGAGUAACGUUUAUCAUACUGUUGAAAAUAAGGUGGGUGAAAUCACCACAGCUGUCACGAGCGCUCCAAUCUAUCAAAAAACUGAAACGGCCAUCAAAUCGACGGCAGGCAAGACCACGUCCGUCUUCGGAGGAAUCACCAGCAAGAUGACUCAGAAACUUUCCGAAAUGAAACAAUCAGAUUCGUACCGAUCCUUCGAGGAGAAAGUUGGUACGGCCUACGAGAAUGUUAGGUCGAAAGUAUCAUCACGAUCCAGUUCGGUGCAGAGCCUGUCAGACUUGCAGAAUGACGAUCGUCGAAGCUCAGUAACGACACCAACAGCCAUUCCCGAGGAGAAAACCGUUCCUUAAUAGCCCUCUGCCGUUUAAGUCGAUCGUCACGUAACAACUUUUGGGCUGCAAAUUUUAAAAGGGUACUGAGAAAAGUUAUAUAUGUAGAAAAAAUGCAAAAAAAAAUCAUCUGAUAAACAUUUAUAUACUGUAGACUUUCUGUAAUUGUUCUAUAAGGUAAAAGAAUUACACUAUGAAAGAUAUUUUUUCUGCGCAAUGAUGGCUUUGCGGCAUACUGAUGAAACCAUCCACUCCUUCUGUGUGUAACAAUAUCAGGUUAGCUGAUGAUCGUGAGAAGUCCAGUAUACGUUAUAAAUGUGCUAACGAAACAAAAAUUAUCGGUUUGAUACCGCAGAAACGUUUGUUCUAUCCGCCUCACCAGCUAAUUACAUACAAUUCUUGACACCAAAAGAAUAUGCUAGCAAAGAUUUCAUGUCUUUAUCCCGCAUUUGUGAACAACCUAGACAACAAUAAAACUGAAUGUGCCUAACUGUAGAGUCAUUUUGAAUAGCUCCCUCAGCUCUGUUGUGCGUACUUAGCCCCUGGAAUCUAAUAUGUGAUACAGAGUGGCCAACCUUCCUCAAUCCUCCACGAUUAUCCACUUCUGUUACAUUUUCCCUCAGCAUAACAACGAAGGACAAUUUCACAGAGUUUUUUUGCAAACUUUCUUAUAGACUAUAUAUUCUAUUUAAUAUUAUUUAAGUCAUAGCAACACCGAGGAUACCGAAUUUUAGGUAUAGAUUUAACUGAAAGAGAAUCCAAUAUGAAAUGUAAAAUGAAAUGUACUCAUAAGAAAUAGAAAGAGGCGAAUUGUCCAUUGCGUAAUACAUUCUUUGCAUAACAAA